AUGCAACCACUGGUGUUUCUAUUGCUCAUUUGCCUUUUGGUCAUCGCCGUGACCACAGUCCUCUGCAUCUCGUUUUACUUCAAGAGGAUGCAAGUCUGGGUACGCGAAGACGAUGUACCUGGCCACGCCCGCCGCCGGCCUCGCUGGAUAAGCACGAGGAACUAUCAGACCUUUGGGCCUGACCUCGAAGCAGGGCCUGACAGCAUGUCCGUCUCCCCAGAAAUAACAUCCCCCUUCACUGAACACGCUCGCCAACUUCCACAACACGCUCAACAGACUCCACCUACGGUAUCUAGCGGUCAAGGGCCCUCUGGUAUACCCAGGAAGCCCGUGCCACGCAGCGCGUACAACUAUCGCAACUGGGACCCGGAGGAUGGAGUGAUCGGGGUCACGUAUGCACGCCGAGACGAGGAGGACGCAGGGCGGAUCCUGGACGAGGAGACAGCACGGCGGAUUGAGGAGCAUGAGCGGCGCAUGGACAACCCGAGCCCCUAUGAUCUCGGGGGCGCGCUUGCUCAGGGUGGUUCUUUUCCCGUGGCGAUGCCAAAUAAGCGUACAAAACGUCCUACCUUUCCUGUACCACAGAAGCUGAUAUGGCAGAAGCUCACCUUCUUCGAAAAGGCUGGGAGAAUCUAG